UCAAGAAUAAAAUGCAUCAAAGUGGUCUCCCGAGCAACACUUAUAAGUACUCUGCAGGAGUGCUGAAUGAUAAUUGGUAUGAACAGAGGAUCGCACCAGAGCAGAAAUUGCAAACCAAACCAGACGAAAAAACCAUGAGGAAUGUCGAACCUGAUAUUAAUAUGCUUGGUGCCAAUGGUGUCCCAGCUCCUCUGAAGAGGAUCAAGAGAAACUAUCCUUGGGAUACUAAGGAUGUCAUUCCGAAUGAUGGGUUUAAGGAAAUGCAAACUAUCAAUAAAACAGAACUUGUUCAUCCUGAUAAGGUCAAGGUAAAUGAAAAGAAGAAGCUGAGAAUGAUAAAUAAGUAUAAUAUAGCUGAACUUUCCCUUGUCGAUAGGCCUAUCUCAGGUCCUGAAAGAGGAUUUGGAGCAACAGUCAAACGUUUUGACAAGGAUCAUCACAAACCUUACUUUAAUACUACAAAUAUGGAAUUUUAUGGAGAACCGAAAAAGUUUAAUGCAGCAGAGACAACAAAUAAUUUUACCAAGACUGAAGGAAUAAAUGCUGGAGAGAAGAAUUAUGAAACAAAGUGUGGAAUCAAGAAGUUGACUGGCCUCACUGGAGAAGUAUACAAUACCUCUGCAGAUCCUCAGGAACACACUGAAAUUCAAAGAACUUGGAUAUAUAAGAAGGAUAAUGCUAUUGAAGCUACUAAAAAUGGGUUUGCCGAGACUGAUCAGACAAAGCCUUAUGAUAAUGCAAACUCUCUAUGUCUAGGUAAAGGAGAGCAUUAUUACCAUAAAAAAUCAACUGACGCUGGAGCUUAUAGACAUUUAAGGUCAGAUAUUACCAGAACAAUAGAUGCUCCUGCAUUGUACAGAGUAUAGAUAAGAACGCUGUCUUGUUUUAUUGGUAUUUCAAA